UACAGUCACAGAUGCGUCGUGCAUUGCGGUGAAGCGGUAACUUCAAUAAAAUGGCAAUGUGGGCAGCGCUACUGGCAGUGGUCUCCGUACUUGUUGUUUCUGUGAUCGAAAUCAGUGCGGACUCCUACAUUUCCGACUCAUCGCUGGGGACAUCUUUCGAAUUUAAGCUUCAUGUGGAUGCCGGACGUGAAGAGUGUUUUUAUCAGAAUGUUGAAGCGGGCGCAUCGGUAUACGUGGCUUUUCAGGUAUUAAGAGGAGGAGAUGGCCAAGCAGGUUUCGCUGUCAGACAUCCCAACGGAAAUCACGUGCUGCCUUACCAGUGGAAGCCCUCUGCAGAGUACGAGGAGACUUCUGCUCCUCAUGGAGGAUUUUAUGAACUCUGUAUAGACAACUCCUUGUCACAUUUUGCUGCCAAGGUGGUCAGCCUAUACUUCAAUUCGUUCAAGAGGGACAAGUGGGAGGCCUACGUUCAAGAAAUCGAGGCGUUAGGUGUCACGGUGGACAACUUCACCGCAGUGCUUCAAAAUGUCGACGGCCGAGUUGGGGAGAUACUGAAGUACAGUGAUCAAAACCGACGCCAACUGGCAAAGGACUGGUACGUCGUCGACUCGAACAACCGGUACGUCCAGAACUGGUCGCUUGCACAGUGUGUAGUCAUCAUCGCGACAUCCGCCGUUCAAGUCUACUUUGUUCGGAAACUGUUUGAAGUAAAGAAGGUGACGCCAACUUCCAAGCCGAGGGCAUGAACAAAAUGGUUUUUUACAACUCCAAGGGUACUCCAAUUUGUGAUUUAGCCAAAACCACAUUUGAUCGUCAGCGAGUGCUUUGUGAUUAUCCAACCUACUAUCUUAAUUUAAAGGGCAAUUAUUGUCUUAUGUGUAUGUCUGGAAAUGGGAGGGGUUUGUGGAAGUACCCGUGCGUGCGUUAGUGACAUGGUUGUCCGUUGCUGUGGUGCUGCUGUACCUUUACUCUUGUCCUGGAAUUCUCAAACAUGUUUACAGCUUGCCUUUCUUCUUCCUUUUUGAUAACUCGGUAGAGUACAACUAGGUCCUUGUGCUUCAGAAACUCGCCAUUUUUGUGAAAACUGCAACGUAGUAGCCUUUUAUAUUUAUGAAAAGGGAGGCCAACAGCCUUAACCUCCACCUCCUGAAGUAGUGUUGAAGAAAAUUGAGCGUAAUUUUUAAUGCAACUGUCAUCUGUAACACCUCGACACAUUUUGUGAAGUUUUAAUGGUGCACAUUGGUAAUGGUACGCUACUACUUCGUAUCUUGAUGUGUUGUGCAUUCUAUUUUUUUUUUUUUCAAGUUGCUUCUAAGCUAUUGAUAUGUUUCAGACUUCAGUUUUAUGGACUAUACACUUUGCAAAUUACUCAGAUUUUCUUAUUGCGUUUUAUGCGACGAUUCCUUAUUAAAAUAUACCCCUCAGAAUGUUUUGCGAGGCAGCAAGCAAAGCACUGCAAGUUCACUAUACAUAAAAAUCCCAUUUGAGAGAAAUCUUGGCUGAAAUUUUUAUCAAUAGUGAACUUGCAGUGACUUGCUUGCAACUAAAAAGUGGCAAGCUAUAUGUGCUACAAUAUUAAAGCUGAAGUCCCUCUUUGUGAACAUGGUUGAGUAUCAUCAUUGUUCGAUAAUGCCUCUCUCUCUCGUCAGAUCAUGUGAUACUUUUAGCUGGGCAGCGAUUAACAAGUGCUGUAGUUAAGCUAUGAAGUUUUAAGGUAGUAUAACGAGAAAAGCCUGACAAAUGAAUAUGAUGCCUCUAUGUUGUUACCUGGUUACCCUGUUGCUGAGGCUGCGCUCAUCAUGGUGCAAUCUAACGUGACAUUCAAAGCACCUUCCUUCCUUCCUCCUUGAAAAUACAGCAGGAAGGGUAUCGCCCAACAAACGUUAACAUUCCAACUUUGCUCAAAUCCAAAAGACCACUCUGCAAAGCUUGUGCCUGUAGGUGUGUUGUUGUAUCUCUUGUUGUCCAUUUUUAUGAACAUGACAGAUGCAAUGUGUAUAUUUAUGUGAAUGGGAUGAAAGUGCAAAGCACGUAGGAUGUUCUUACGCCACGUAGUUUUCUGUUGUCAUCUAUGAGCGCGUAUGUUUUGUUUCGUGCAUGUCUUUUACAGACGCGAUGAGAGAUUUUAGUAUUGUUCCUUGGGAGUUUUUGUAGUAAGCCAUUUUUUUUUUAUAGAGCUGUUGGAAUCAUGUUUUGGGAAAUGUGGGGGAAUAUCUGCGUAAUACAUGAUUUUCAAAAUAAAUGCUUGGCCUUUUCAAGGUUGG